AACACCAUCAGCCUCGUUAUGGCGAUGAUGUUAUGAAUUCCUGUGACGGUCAAAAAUUGAUCAUUGAAGUCUGCCAUAAAUCAUGAAAAGUUCUGAAAGAGAUCUUGUUCCUCGUCCUUUUGUUGGGUCCAGGGAGAUCUUGGAGUCUCCAGAAUCGAGCUCAAGCAUKGAAGGACUAAACAGCGAACAAAUGACUAAAGCUUUACCAUCAGAGUUCGUUAACUAUUUGCGGUCUUUGUUUGACAUCCUGGAUCAGGAAAACUGUGGAUUUGUAAAAAUAGAUGACAUCGAGCAAUACUGGGACGCGAAAGGUUCAUCAUUUUCAGGUGUUUUGGACUCAUUAAAGAAGCUGUCACCKCCAAAUGGACUUCUUAAAUUCGAAGAUCUUUGUAGGGGUCUAAAACAAGCUAUUCGCAGCUCUAAUACUAAGCUUAAUACAAACACGACGACUAGCUCUACAAGAAGAGUUGACUUUCCAAAAGAAACAGAAUGCACUUCAGAUUCAAGCGAGGAUUCUUUUAAAGUUUACAACGAGUCAAAAGACUCCGAAAUUAGGGAUAAAAAAGAUGAAUUUAUAGACACACAAWCCAAGAACUCKUCAAGGGAACAACUUGAUUCUUUGCCAAUCAGUUUAUCGAACUCGAAUCUCACUCAUAUCAAGACGAAUUCUACUUCCAAAGUUUAUUUUGUUGGGAAAGAAUCUAAUGGUGACGGCUUGCGAGGGGGUAGUAGUAAAGUCGGUCCCCCUGCUAUUGAUAAGAAAACAAGGUCUUCACAAGUUGAGGAAGAAUUAGAAAUACUGAAAAAUGGACUUACRGUCAUAGAGAAAGCACGGAAAUGGUAUUUUAGAAGAAUUACUGCYGUUCAGGAAGAAAAACUACAUCUCCAGCAAUCGGACCAAGCUUCUCUUGAACAGUUUCAGUAUGARAUGCUGUUACACAACCAUCGAAGAAAAGAGCUAAACCUCACYGAAGCUUCAUUCAGAUCUUACAAAAGAAAUAUCGAAGAAUUGAAUAAUUACAUAUCUAAACUUGUAGAAAACCCCUUAGAACAAUUGCCACCCCCCAAACUAACAGAAGCAUCCAAACCUCCACCYGAGUAUGUUCAACAAUUAAGAGAUGACCUUUUUGCUAAGAAGAAUCGGAUUGCCCAACUAGAGAAAGAGAAGUCAGCUCUUAUAAGAGAUUUAUUUAAUGCYAAAGCAUCAAUAUCUGGUAGUAAUACAAAUAUCCCACCAGAGUGACUUUCUGAUAGCAGUUGAGUUUKAAUACAGCUAUAUAUUCUCCGACGGUGUCCAGUURAAAAUAUAUCAUUUAGUCRUCCUUUUUAUKWAAUGCUUAUCRCUUUAGCACCACACUAAACRGCUGGGACUAAAGAGCUGUUUGCAAAACAGAGGUGUCUAUAAAACUUGGUUGUAUUUACUAUAAAAUUAAUGAGAUUUUUCAUUUUUCAAGUGGACAACUAUCCCAAGAAUAUUAGCUAUAAUUGUGUUCCAGUUUUUUAUAUGGAAUUUUGAAAGGCCUCCUUUCUCAGAAAUAAUUUAUAUGGAUUAUAAAUAAUGCCAAUUGAAAAGAAAAGACACAUUAUUUAAGAGCACUGAUAUCACAAUAUUUUAAUCUUUCUGCUGUAUAAUAUUUUUUAUAUAAUUGGUGUUURAAAAAGAGUUGUUUUAAGGUCACAUCGGUGCGCUCCACCUCUCCUUUMCCCUUACCUAUCCCAAGGUCCUUAGAGAGACACACACUCAUACUAUCGUUUUAGUUAUAAUUACACAAAAUAUUUAGRGGAAAUACAGAUUCGUUAAAUUUUUAUAACAUUUUACUGUGGUUUGUUAUACAACAGACGUCCUUGAACUUCCAUUUGUAAAUAGCUGAGGACUAAUCUUUUUUUAAAGAUAUAUACUAAAUACAAAAUAAACUGCAUUUUACUAAACUUAAUUGUCUUUUGUACUUCAAUAAAUUGUGGUUUCAGUUCA